CUCCAAUCCAACCUCUCUUUCUCUCUCUUCUUUCUCUCUCUCUCAUUCUUUACUUUCUUCCACUGGUUUCCUCGCUGCAAUUCCCCCAAAAAAAAAAAAAAAAAUUUGUUUCACUUCGCUGUAAAUGCACAGACGGGAUCAUCAUCCCCACGCCAAACCCUAGAGACCCACUAGCUCUCUCUUCACUCCCAUCUUGUCUCUGUGGAGAUUCAAGCUCAGUCCCCCCCACCCUCGUUUCAUGGCCUCGACCUCCCACCUCAGGCCCUUCUCGGCCUUGGCCUUCAUCGUAAUCUCCCUCGGAGCCCUCUCCGCCGACCCGGGUCCCUCCUUCUCCUUCCACAAGUUCGCUAAAGAUGCCUACCUUGAGUCCAACCUCGCAAUGUACGGAGAUGCCAAGGUGGUCAGCGGGGGUUCCUCGGUUCAGCUGACUGACGCGGGGAGCCCGAGUGCCGGGUCGGUCGUGUACAGGAGACCCAUCAGGAUUGUGCAAGGUAAUCCGGAAAAGCUGGUCUCUUUCUCGACCUACUUCUCGUUUUCGUUGUCCGGAGGCGAUGGAAAUGACUUGGCAUUUGCUCUGUGUCCAAGUGGUUUUAAUGUUGAUGAAUUUGGGGAUAAUGGUAGUCCCUUUGGGCUUCUUCUGGAAAAGAACAGGCCUCUGAAUAGAACCGUCGCUGUUAGAUUCGAUUCGGCGAAGAAUAGUGUGGCGAUUGAUGUGGGUGGCCUCGGGCCUGUUAAAGUGAAGAACGUGUCUUCACUUAAUUUGGUGCUGAAUGGUGGGAGCAAGUUCCAUUCUUGGAUUGAUUAUGAAGCUGGGUCAAGAAGGUUGGAGGUUAGGGUGAGUAGGUCCUCCGAAUCGCGGCCGUCGGAUCCGGUGCUCGCUCGAUUCGUGGAUUUGCGGACAAUGUGGAAGGAGGGCGAUGUGUUUCUGGGUUUGAGCUCGUCUAAUGGGAACUCAAGCCGGGCGUGCUUUAUCCACUCUUGGAGCUUCAAGCUCAGGCAUGUCCCUCAAUGGAUGCACUCGGAGCCGUUGGAUCCUCAAGCCGUCGGUCGAAACACCAAGAAUUUGGGAGUCCAUGAGAAGAACGAUUGUUUCUUGAAAGUGCUGGCAGCGAUGAUUUUCGGCACGGGGAGUGGCGCUUUGGGGGCAUUCGUAGUCCUGUACUUGUGGACGAUAUUCGGGAACCGGCGUCCGGUGGCGCCGGAGGAGUUUGUGGUGGAGCCUGUGGAUUUGAAGAAGUGCAGUAAAUUGGAGGUGAUUGUAGAUAAGGCCGUCAAAGAUGUGAAUGCGACCAAGUGAAAGCUGACGGUUGUUUAGAUAAAGCCCAUCGAAGAAGAUGGCAAGUUAGAUGUCUGAAGUUGGGGGAGAUUUUUGCUGUUGGUCUUUUCUGCUGUAAAUUGAUGUCUUCUUUGGUUCUUUCAUUUUCAGCUUCCUCGUGUUGUUGUAAUCUGAUAAUUAACUGUCUAAAAUGUUAGUCUAUCGUCACAUAUUUUCCAGUUUGAAAGCACUUAAAAAUGUUAUUUUCAG